AUGCAUCUCGCAAAGGCUCUCACCUUGUUCUGUCUCAGCUCCGGAGCCCUUUCUUUCAAAAUCCGUGCAUUUAGGGAGGGUGACUGCAAGGGCGAGGCCACGGAGAUCAACAUUUGGGACAAUACCUGCAAAGGCUCUGGUGUCCCGAAAACCCUCUCCUUCGAGGUACUCUCCUAUGGAGCUCAUCGCCAGCGAGCUGGAUUCUACUCGGACGGCUCUUGCAAUGCCCUUGGCAGGGAAUGGGUUGAUUAUUUCGCGGAUGGCGGAAGUAAUGUGUUUAAGAAGGGUGGAUGCAUCAAUUUGGGCUUUGGAGCGUAUUCAAUGGGAUCUCGCUCAGCUUAA